GCCCGGAGCAUCGCGGCAUCGCGUUUCGGAAACAGCCCGCCAGGUCGCUGUGUCCGCUCCGAGGUGUGGUGGGGGAUAUAAACUCCCAGAGCGGUCGUGACAGCCUCAGUCGUCAAGCAGCGCCUUCGCCGAGCCGAACCCAGCCCAGCACGCACUCGUAACCAUGGCCCCCGCCUACAAGCUCAUCUACUUCCCUGUGCGCGGACGCGCCGAGCACCUGCGUCUCAUGUUCGUGUACGCCAAGGUGGCCUACGAGGACGUCAAGAUCUCCAAGGAGGAGUGGGAGAAGCUCAAGCCUUCGACGCCCUGGGGCCAGCUCCCCGUGCUGGAGAUCGAUGGCGUGAUGGUGGAGCAGUCCAUCCCCCUGGCCCGCUACCUCGCCAAGCAGUUCAAGCUGGACGGCAAGGACGACCUGGAGCGCCUGCAGGCUGACGUGUUCGUCGCGCACCUCGACGACCUCAAGAACCAGUUCGGCACCCUCCUCAGGGAACAGGACCCCGACAAGAAGAAGGAGAUCCUGAAGAACCUCCAGAAGGACGUGUUCCCGGCCUUCUUCGAGAAGCUGGAGAAGCGCGUCGCCAAGAACGGCUUCUCCGUCAGCAACUCGAUUUUGUGGAGCGACAUUCUUCUCUCUGCUCUCCUGGAGGCCUUGAUGAUCAAGAACAUCCUGGGCGACGACUUCGCCACUAAGUACCCCAACUUGGUCAGGGUCAAGGACACCGUCUUCAACACCCCCGACGUGAAGGCUUACCUUGCCAAGAGGCCCCACACCGAAAUUUAAAUCGUGGAAUAGCAGUAGUUUCAAUUAUUUUAUUAUUUGUCAAAUUUCAUCCUUCAUUCUUCAUCACAUCUUUGUUAAGAAAAGUAUAUAAUAGUUCACUGUUAUUUUGUAAUGGUUGGAGUUACUUGAAAUAUACUGAAAGGUCACCUCCAUAGAACAAA